ACGUGACUCUCCGAAUCACUAAAAAAUCAAAACGACAGGUACCAUAGCUGCGCUGUCAAAAUUUUUGGUAUUUUCGCAAUUUCCUCCGGUUUGAAUUGAGCAAAAACAAUUCCGAUUCGUCGGUGGCGUCGUGAAACUCCAGGUACAUCCGCUCGUCCCCAGUUUUCCGCAAAUCCUCCCACCGUCUCCCCGAAAUCCGCCCCAAAAAACAACUCCAUCCAAUGAUUCUUGGUUUUUCGACCUUUCCGCUCGGGAGUUGCAUUUUAAGUUGAAUUUAUAAAUCCUCGAGAGCGUGCCGCGCUCGGAAUUACGUGCAUUUUCGAGUGGUGCGACCGUUGACGAGCCACUCGGAAGGCGACAUUAGCUUUCGCGCGAUUCGUCUACGUCUUGGCGCAGUUCAAGGCUGACUUGUAUUGAGCGGAACCUCUCAGUUUCGUGUGUUGUUUUCAGGUCAAGUCUAGAAACAUGUCAAUAGCCAGCACCACUUGCUGAGCUCACUAUCAAGACAACUUCACCGGAAACUGAUUGGACAAGGAGGAGGAGAACAACCCAGGACUGUGUCCGUGACGAGCCCUCCUAAGCGCGAUGGCUGAUACGGCAGGGAUCCCCGAGACAGAGCGAGCGGCCAACUCGCCUGCGACCCCUCUUCGCCCCAAUAGCAACGCAAUGAACGCGCCGCCGGCCCAGAACGGCACCAACAACAACGUGAUCAACAACAGACAGCGGAACAACAUUAACCCGCUCAUCGACGUCAGGGACCGGCUUUUCCACGCUCUCUUCUUCAAGACUGCGCUGGCUUAUGCCACGAUUUUCCCCAGACCUGUCCGGCGGGCCUUCGAACUCUUCAUUCUGCUCAAGGCCUUGGUCGCCUUCUUCACACUCGUGUACAUUCACGUGACGUUCCUAAAGUUUCCGGCAACCUGCCUGGAUCAUGUUAAGGGUGAAUGGCCCAGGGACGGAGUGCUGAGAGUCGAAAUAAUCCCGAACUACCGAGAAGACGACGUUCACAGCCAGCUAAAGAGCGCGGAGCGGACGCUUUUGAAUGCAAUAGGAAAGCACAGUUAUUCACAUAAAGCCGCAUCCGCUAGUCCAGGCUCUGAAAAGAAAGCACCCAAUCAACUAUUGGGAAAAUGUCCAGUCCAGGAUCCACAGAAAUGCUACAUUCACAACUACGCAGGACUCUCUGAAGAUUUCUACUACAACGAAUCCUUAGACUAUGAUCAGAAUCAUGCAUUUAAAACCGAGUCUGGAAAAGUAUCUGGCUCUGGUGAAACUGACUCAGCUGCAGAAGAGGAUCAAUAUAUUGUCGAAUACUCGCUUGAAUAUGGCCAUCUGCGCUUGUCCCCACCUACUAGGAAGAAGUUGAAAAUUCCUGUACUUACUGUUGUGUUGAAUCCCGAUGAGGAUAAAUGUUUUGGAGAUUCGAUCAGUCGUUAUUUGCUUCGUGAGUUUUUGGGAUAUGAUGAUUUAUUGAUGGCCUCGGUACGGGUAGUUGCUGAACAAGAAGACAAUAAAGGAUAUUUAAGAAACGUCGUAACCGGAGAGCACUAUCGUUUCGUGUCCAUGUGGUGGGCACCGUGGAGUUCCUAUCCAGCAGCAUUUUGCGUGAUGAUUCUUUUUACCGUCUCUAUAUCCAUGUUGCUCAGAUAUUCUCAUCAUCAAAUAUUUGUUUUCAUUGUUGACCUUUUGCAAAUGUUGGAGUUUAAUGUGUCGGCCAGAUUCCCAUUUGCCCCACUAUUGACGGUUAUUUUGGCGUUAGUCGGUAUGGAAGCCAUAAUGUCGGAAUUCUUCAACGACACAACAACCGCUUUCUACAUAAUACUUAUUGUUUGGAUUGCUGAUCAAUACGACGCUAUUUGUUGUCACACCGCUAUCACAAAACGCCAUUGGUUAAGAUUCUUCUACUUGUAUCACUUUUCAUUCUACGCCUACCAUUAUCGUUUCAACGGGCAGUACAGUAGUUUGGCGUUAAUUUCAUCGUGGCUUUUGAUACAGCACUCAAUGUUCUACUUUUUCCACCAUUACGAGUUGCCCGUCAUCAUUCAACAAGCACAUUUGCAACAAGUCCUUUUGCACUCUCGUCAACAAAAUGCCGUGGCGGCGGCAGCCGCUCAGCAACAGGCUGCGAACGGAAGAGGAAGUCUGGCCGGCGACAAUGGAACUGGAGGUGGAAACGGGGGUGAUGGCACCGGCAAUCCACCCCCAACUCAAAGGCCUCACGGCGGCAACAACAACAACUUGACAGAGUUUAUCCGUCCACUGAUGGAGCGCCGUGGCGACAUUAUCCUGACUACAAUGAGACGAUUCAUGUACGGAAUGGGCUGGAUGGCGCCAGUCCCCAUUCGUGUCGUCAACAUUGGCAACCUGCGGCGCAUCAAUUUAGACUCAAUCCAAAUUAAUCCUUCGAAUUAUGUAACGCCAACAUCACAAUCGACAGCUCCAUCGGUAUCAGCAUCGGCUACAGGACAAUCGAAUAAUACAAACACAACGGGGAGUGGGGGUGAUGGUGGCAGUGGGAGUACGAUAUCAGCCAACAACGCUGACGAACGAAACGAUAUGAUUACAGGUGAAAAUGGCAACCUCACAGAAAAUCCCCGAACGGAAGGUCGAAAUGAAGUAAACAACGGAAAUGAUACUGCUGAAAGCAAUAUAACAGACGAAAAGUCCCUGGCUAGGGCCGGGAAGGAAUCGGACAUAAUCCAGUCGGGGAAUGAAGGCAAACCAAAAGUUUCUGCAGACACUUUACUAGGCGUUUCCACAUCCGAACAAGAGCAAAUUACACUGAUGCCAUCCGAUACUGAACGACUUCAUUCUCAAUUCUCCCAAAGCUGUUUUGAUGGCAAGAAUGCAACUUCCGCUAAUCCUGCGGUUGAAACUGAAUCAACAAACAUUGGAGGGAACACUCAGGAUGCGGCCUCCUCUUUAAAACACCAGCACACCGAACGUCCUGAAGUCGUCAUAAAAGCUUCAGGUGAUAGUUAUAACACGGGGACCAUGAGCUACAUAGCAAACAAUGCAAAUAACAGACCAAAAAUUGCCAUCGAUAACUUCACUCCCAAAAGCGAAGUGCAACAGUCACUUGAGAUGUUGAACGUAGAUUGCAAGGAGAGGCCCUCAUCGUCCUUGGGACCGUCGGGCGAUACUAAGGCCAACAGCAGUAGUUUUGUUGGGCAAAGUCAUUUCCCUAGUUUGCAUGCAAGUGGAACGAGUAAGGAAAUGAGUCCCAGCCCAAGUUCGAUAGGACAAUUAGCCACUACAACAGAUCCACCUGCUCUUCAGACACAGGAUGAACUGCACCAAAGCAGUAAAUAGACUUAGAGAACAUGAAGACUAUUUUGUAUGCCUGAUUUUCUUCAGAACUCCCUUGUUAGGGCACAGUUUGUGGUGUUUAGAUCUGAUUCGUCCCUUCCUUUUUGGUUUCUAUCUAACUUUCGGUUCUCUUCACCUUUCCUCCCUUCUUUCAUCUCCUCUUUAAAAACAGACACGGCGGCUAACAAUAUCCUCAAGUAGUAUCUGCACGUACUAAAUAUUAGCUGCGACGAGUCCAAGAAAAAGUUGACUUCAUCCAAUAAUUCAUCUGUGUCCUAGUCCGUUGGCCGCAUUACUCAAGGCUUGUUUUAUGAACUCUAUCAAACUCCUUCGAUGAAAUCUCUCUAUCGAAGGACAAUAUUUCUGUUUCGGGAUCUGUACUGUCAUAUUAUGUGUGGGUGUAGCGUGUGGAGCAAUGGAAUCAAGUCGAAUGGGUAAAGGACACGAAGGAAAGUAUCAAUGCAAUACGUCGUAAACAGGAAUUUAAACUAAACGAUCCAAUCGCGAUCCUGUUCAACCGAACAGAUCGGAAGAACACACGCUAAGCAAUGUGAUUUUUUACAGUUUGCCGCUGAGCUUUUAAAUUAUUAUGAUACUACGCGGUAGUUAAUUUUUUACUAGGAUUGAUUAUGAAUAAUUUGAUUUUGCAAUUUUCUUUUGUGUUUAUUAUAUUCAUAUGCAGAUGUAUGUACUUUACUCGGUAAGUUUCUAGUGAAUUUUCCCAAAAUUUUUAAGUUUUAUUUUGAUAUAAUAAUGAAAUGUGGAUUUACGAGAAGAAUUCAAAACGCUUUGUGGUUUAAGCGUAAGAGAAACGUUAUAUAUACUAGAAUUAUUUUCAAUGGAAAAAGAAAUGAAAAAAAUAUGUAAAUGUAAAUGAAGAGAAUAAAGUGCAUUCUAUAAGGA